AUGACCAAGGAUAAGGUGCCGUUCCAGAAACUUCAACCUAUUCCCCAACAUAUAGCCAGAGACAAAAAGAAGUAUUGUGACUUCCACGAAUCAGCAGGACAUAGCACCUCCGAGUGUCGACAUCUGAAAGAGGAAAUCGAAUAUUUACUCAAAGAAGGAUACCUAACGGAAUGGGUAAAAAAGUACAGGACAGACCAUCCUCCGGAAAGACGCGGCCUCGGUGCUUCACAGAAUGACAGAGCUGAUGAAAAGCAGAGCGAUACUCAGUUUGUAAGGGAAGGCAGCAUCAGGAGCAUAUUUGGGGGACCUUACAUAGGGGGAGGCAGUCGAAAGGCAAUGGAGAAAUAUGCUAAGGAAGCGAAGGACUACCCUCUUACCAACGUGAACCAUCUGUCGGCCAGAGCCCCACGAGUAUUUAAGGGAGAAACCAUGGACAUCACCUUUACAGAGGACGAUGCGAGGUGGGUACACCAUCCCCAUAAUGAUGCUUUGGUGGUCGCCAUCCGCAUCGCCACCUUAAACGUUCAUCGAGUAUUUGUUGACAAUGGUAGUUCGGUCAACAUUCUCUACUAUGACACCUACAAGAAGAUGGGAUUACCAGACAAAGACAUGACCGUAGAGAAUCUCUACAUAUACGGCUUCGGAGGAGAGGCCAUCAAAGCUAAAGGAACCAUACGCUUGCCAGUCACUUUAGGAGAGGCUCCGCGAGCGGCCACUCAAAUUUCCGAAUUUGUGGUCAUCGACCAUCCCUCGGCGCAUAAUGCACUUAUGGGACGCCCCCUCUUGAAGGACAUGAGGAUAAUCACCUCCAUUUACCAUCUUACUUUGAAGUUCCCCACCCCUGGAGGAGUUGGUUGUGUGAAGGGAUCUCAAUAUGAGUCUCGUGAUUGCUACGGCCGGUCACUCAAGAAUUUUCGAGACAGAAGGGGCGUGCCGCCCCACGAAGAACUUCACUCGGUCCAUACUCUCUACCUCGUUCAGUAUCCGGAAAGCGACAGCGAAGACGCGCCCAGCCCCCCACUACUCAGGGGACGCGUCCCUCAAAAGGGCGAGCCCUCUCUUGUCGAUGAAUCAACGUCCGAAGAAUGUGAAGAGUUGGUUAUCGAAGUGGAAGAGGCGCCUCCGAGGAAAGUCAGAAAGAUGGAUCAAGAGGAGAUCGUCAUGGAAUUGGAGGAGCCCUUUCCUCCCAAAAAAGCUUCUGAUAAUACGUCUUCAGAACCAAAGGAAACCCCGCACCAGUUCGACUUCGACUUAGACCCGAGAUUACCCAUGCAAGUGCAGAACACAGGGCCAGCUGAGGAUACGAUCGAUGUGCAAAUUACACCGGGGAGUGAUGGCAAGAUCCUGAAGAUAGGAUCCAAACUAGGUCCAGAGAUAAGGGGCAAGCUGAUAGAAUUCCUUACAAAUAGCCUUGACGUAUUUGCUUGGAGCCACGAAGAUAUGGUGGGGAUAGACCCGGCAGUUAUGUGCCAUCACCUGAAUGUCGACCCCUCUAAAAAAGGUGCUAGACAAAAGAGAAGACCCAUCAGCGGAGAAAGAGCCGAGGCCCUGCAGGAGGAAGUCGAUCGCCUCUUGAAAGCAGGAUUGGUAAAGGAAUCGUUCUACCCGAAAUGGCUAGCAAACCCCGUACUUGUUAAGAAACCCAACGGGAAGUGGCGCACGUGCAUAGAUUUCACAGAUCUCAACAAGGCGUGUCCUAAAGACAGUUUCCCGCUCCCUCGCAUUGACCAACUAGUAGAUUCAACGGCAGGACACUCCCUCCUCAGCUUUAUGGAUGCCUACUCAGGAUACAACCAGAUUCCCAUGUAUGAGCCCGACCAGGAGCACACCUCCUUCAUCACGGACAGGGGUCUAUAUUGCUACAUUGGUAUGCCAUUUGGGCUUAUUAACGCAGGAGCAACUUAUCAGCGAUUGGUGAACAUGAUGUUUAAGGAUCAGAUUGGGAAGACAAUGGAAGUAUACGUGGACGACAUGCUGGUUAAAUCCAAAAAGGAUACUGACCAUGUUGCCCACUUGUCAGAAAUGUUCGAGAUCUUGAGGAAAUACAGGAUGAAGCUCAACCCGCAGAAAUGUGUGUUUGGGGUGGAGUCAGGGAAAUUCCUUGGUUUUAUGGUUAACCACCGAGGCAUAGAGGCCAACCCAGCAAAGAUCAAGGCAUUACUAGACAUGAAGUCUCCAGCCAACGUUAAGCAAGUGCAAAGUCUGACAGGAAGGAUAGCCGCCUUGAACAGGUUCGUAUCAAAGUCGUCGGAAAAGUGCAAGGAAUUUUUUAAGGCCAUAAAGGGCGCGUCUAAAGAUUUCGAGUGGACAGAGGAAUGUGAGGAUGCCUUCGUAAAAAUCAAGAAGCACUUGGGCGAACCACCCCUCUUGGCCAAACCUCAGGAAGGAGAGACGCUUGUCCUCUACUUAGCCGUUUCAGACUACUCCAUAAGUGCUGUAUUGGUGAAGGAAGAUGAGGAGGGGCAGUCCCCAAUCUACUACGUAAGCAAGAGGUUGCUAGAUGCCGAGACUCGCUACACAAGUAUGGAAAAGCUAGUAUAUGCCUUGGUACAUGCAACUAGGAAACUACGACCAUACUUCCAGGCUCAUAAGGUGGAAGUUAGGACGGCGUACCCCCUCCGACAAAUCAUGCAUAAACCAGAAGUAACCGGUAGGAUGAUGAAGUGGGCAGUCGAGUUGGGGCAGUUUGACAUAGAUUACAAACCGAGAACCGCCAUCAAGGGACAGGCCCUAGCAGAUUUCAUAUUGGAAUUCCCUGAAGAUGGAGAGGAGUCUGGUCUCCUGAUCAAAUAUGAUCCCGACCUACCACCGCAGCAGACAUGCCCCAAGGAAAGCAUACCCGAACUCUGGUGGAUAUUGCAUACAGAUGGAGCAGUAAAUAAUGAGGGAGCGGGAGCUGGGAUAGUGCUCGUAAGUCCGGAAGGACAUAGACUCUUGAACGCAACUCACUUUACCUUCCGGCUCUCGAACAAUGAUGCAGAGUAUGAGGCCCUGAUCGGAGGGCUCAGGCUUGCCCUUGAAAUGGAGGUGAGAAAGCUUGUUAUAAAGGUCGACUCCAUGCUGGUGGUCGAGCACAUCAAAGGAGGAUACCAAGCAAAGGGACCUAAGACGGCGAUAUAUCUUAGGUGUGCUCAGGGAUUACUGGAUCAGUUCGAAGAAGUGCAAGUAAACAGGGUGCCCAGAGAAUUCAACGGGGAUGCCGACGCUCUCGCAAAGUUAGCAUCUCAGAAAGAUCCGGCCCUAUUGGGAGUUAUCCGCCUAGAGAUACAGGAGGUACCUAGCAUCCCCGAACUUGAGGUAACAGAAAUACAAGACAAAGGUGGAAAGUUAACGUGGAUGACCCCAAUCUGGAAAUACAUCAAGGAGGGUACGCUGCCCGAAGAUAAAGCUGAAGCCCGAAAGUUAAAAUACAAGGCUGCCAGAUAUGUGGAAUAUGAUGGGAAGUUGUACAAAAGAGGCUUCAAUCAGCCCCUUCUCAAAUGCAUAGAUGGGGAGGAAUGCGCUUACGUGAUGAGGGAGGUCCACGAAGGCAUAUGUGGGAAUCAUUCGGGAGGUAACUCCCUAGCCAUGAAAAUCUUGAGACAAGGGUAUUACUGGCCAACUUUGAGGAGCGAUGCUUUUAACUUCGCCAGAGCAUGUGAUAAAUGCCAGCGAUUCGCCAAUUUCACCAACAGCCCGGCCACGUCUCUCACCAGCAUGACUAGUCCUUGGCCCUUCGCUAUGUGGGGGAUAGAUUUGAUCGGAGAACUCCCCAAAGCCAAGGGAGGAGUGAAAUAUGCAGUAGUGGCCGUAGACUACUUCACCAAAUGGGCAGAGGCCGCACCCUUAGCCACCAUCACAGCCAAGAAAAUAACGGAUUUUGUUUUUAACUCUAUUGUUUGCAGGUUCGGAGUCCCUUACAAGCUAAUCUCGGAUAACGGAAAGCAGUUCGAUAGCAAGGAACUAAGAGGCCUAUGUGAAAAUCUUGGAAUCAAGAAGGAUUUCGCAGCAGUGUACCAUCCCCAGAGCAACGGGCAGACAGAGGCGGUCAACAAGAUCAUCAAGCACACUCUGAAGGCAAAGUUGGAAGAUAGCAAAGGGAAUUGGCCAGAAGAACUCCCCAUGGUCCUAUGGUCCUACAAUACAACUCCCAGGACAACGACUGGGGAGUCGCCCUUCGUCCUAUCUUAUGGGUGUGAGGCCAUGGUCCCAAUAGAGAUUGGAGCAGGAUCGCUCAGGAGAGACUACUUCGACCAAAUUGACAAUGAUGUGAGUCAAAGACUAUACUUAGACAUGAUUGAGGAAAUCCGAGCUACAUCACAGCUACGCUUAGCCGCUUACCAACGUAGGACGGCUAGAUAUUAUAACAGCAAAGUGAAGGCUCACCCCUUCCAAGUUGGAGACCUCGUCCUCAGGAAGGUUGUACUCAACAACAAAAAUCCCCAACAUGGAGUCUUUGGAGCCAACUGGGAAGGCCCUUACAGAGUCAAGGUCAUAUUAUGGAAGGGCACUUACAGAUUAGAAGACCUAGAUGGAAAGCCCGUUCCAAGACCUUGGAACGCGGAGCAUCUAAAGAAAUAUUAUCAGUAG